UUUCUGCACCUACAUUUUAGAAACACAGAAGAUUCUGCGUUCGACACUAACAUCCAACCUCUGCUGGUGUUUUUUUAUCACCCAUAUGUCGUACUGUGUUUUGUUCGCAAAGUAAUUCAAAAUUUCAAAGAAGCUCCGCUACAGAGGGUGAUUUCGCAAUAUGCUUCCAGCAAGGGACAAAAUUCCAAAAAAUUUCCCUUUCUAUUCUUUUUAUUUGUUUGCUAAACAGUCUUGUGGGACAAAGUGUGCCUAAUUGUUCAGAACGAUUUGUGGAGUUCGAGCGAUCAACUUGGCAUGAAAAACCGAUUGAAGAACAAGGUGCCGUGUGCUGGCGUUAUUAACAAUUUGUAAAAGCCACAGAAAAGUCGCCGAGCGUUUGAUGAGCAAAGGGAUCGUUAUUUCUCAUACUAGGAUGAAUAAGCUUUUGAAACUGUAUGGGCCCGAGAGCGAAGGGAGUGGUUCGCCUGUAAAACGCCUAGGAAAUCAGUGCCCACCCAAAGUUCCCACAAAGUCCCUCAUCGCCGAGGUCAAGAGGGCUAUCUUAAUACCGAAUCCACCGUCUCAGAGAAAGUUGGCAAGGAAAUUUAGGACAUCCCAGUACACGAUAUCGAAGAUUAUUCAUCGUAAUCUUGAAGCGAAAGUACGUAAAAAAGGCAAAGUACAUGCACUGUCAAAUAAGCAGGCAGAACAGCGUGCUUCUCGUGGUCCCCGAUUGGCCAAAUUUCUGAGCCAGCGAAAUUUACUCUACAUCAUUUUAAUUGACGAAUUAAAAAACCACAAGGUGUUACUAUUAUCGCCAAAAUUACUUUAUCGUGGCCCAACAGUGAUCCGGUUCAUUUCUCCCACUGCUAAAAUAACCGCCGAUUUCUACAUUCAAAACGUGUCCAAGCCAUUAAUGCGAGAAGACUUCCGCCGUCUUUGUCCAAGUGAAGAAAGGAAGGUAGUACUGCAUCAGGACCCCGUUCCCGCACAUACUCCCAAAAAAACCUGCCAGAGGCUAGCUUCUCCCGGCAUCCGAUACAUUCCGAAGGGCAUGUGGCCGAGCAACUCCCCGGACUUUGCAUCCAUGGAUUUUGGAACGAACGGGAUUUUUAAAAGAAUUUUGUAUCACAAGCAUGCAACGUCGAUUCGCAGUUUGUUAACAGUCGCGCGCCCAUCUUUGUAUAGAAUUUCAAUUACCCUGAGCCACCAAAUAAUUCGUGCCUGGCGUUAUCGUGUGGUGUUGAUGGCAGAGAAGAAGGGCUUUCAGAUAGAGCAAAUAUUAAAAUAA